AUGGCCGAAGACGCUUCCGCUGCCUGGCCCAUCGCCGAUGAGACCCUCGCCCAGUCCCUGCUUGACCUUGUCCAGCAGGCCAGCCACUACCGCCAGCUGAAGAAGGGUGCCAACGAGACCACCAAGACCCUCAACCGCGGUACCUCCGAGAUUGUCAUCCUGGCCGCCGAUACCACCCCUCUGCCCAUCAUUCUGCACUUGCCCCUGCUGUGCGAGGACAAGAACGUUCCCUACGUCUACGUCCCCAGCAAGAUGGCUCUCGGCCGUGCCACCGGUGUCUCCCGCCCCGUGAUCGCUUGCAGCAUCACCACCAACGAGGCUUCCGACCUGACUGCCACCAUCCGCAACUUGAAGAACCAGGUUGAGCGCCUGAUGAUCUAA